GAAAAAGAAGCGAGUAAAGCAAAAGAGAAUUUGGAGAUUGAAAAAAAGAGGUGGAACAAAAUGUCAAGUGUCUUGAAGUCACUUCAAAAAAAUGACCUUACUACGCAGCCACAAUUGAAGAUGGGCUACCAUCACCUGGCAAGAAAAUUAGAGACUACUGACAUACGUGACAUUAUUGAGAAUACAGAUUUUGAUUGAGAGCACGGGGCAGAGAGAACACCACCUAUAUCAUGCAGAGUCGCUCCUUUACGUAAAGAAGGAGAGGAUCAUGCAUAGUCGCUUCACUUCUUGGUUUCGCACACGGAAUCGGAAGACGAUGGCGAACAAUAAUCCGUACGAACAAGAAGGCGUAAUCAAUGACCCUUUCGAUCAUGGUGGUGCAUCAUCAUCAUCAUCAACGCCAGCGGCUCCAGGACAGAACAAAUCAAUACGGAGUCUAUUCACGACGAUUAUGGCUUUUGAUACUGUAAUAUCUUUCAGCAAGAGCAAGUAGAGGGUCACUUCUGCCUCUGGAGACUCGGAUGUUUUCAUGGCAGAACUAGGAGUCACUGACACCUGCAUGUUCGUCUAGUAGACUGACGUGAUAGAACCAACACUGUGGAAUCCUAAUAAGUCCUUUCUCUUUCAUGUGCCUUCAUGUAAUAUCUUGCAAGAGUAGAAGUUGAACCAUCUAAUCCCCCCUCCGCGUCCUCCAGUGGAGUGCAGCCCAGUCCAGAAAGGCACAAACCCCUGUAUCCUGGAAGUGCAACGCCACCAACAACGAGUGCGAUGAUGGACCUCGAACGACAGAUGGAUUUGGAGAAUCCGCCAUUAGUACCAGACUGCGUUUUUCGAAACGUAAAUGAAGUGGAUUUUAUGAGAACAAUUUUGGAAUAAGUACUUGAUUUUUUGGUUCGUUUGGUUUUCUUGUUCGUAUUUACUCAUUUACGUUUCAUCAAACAAAAAAACACUUGAUGUUCUAUACUUCUAGUAUCUACUACUUAAAUACUCUGAUCGUCCACAUCAACCUUCUCUAAGUAUUUUCCCUUUCCCCUGUCAACUUCCAUGCCUAUGGCCCUUUCCUCUCACGCUCUUUCAUACUACUAGAGCGAGGUCCUAUCGACUUGGAUUCAUCGAUGACGAGUGGAAAGGGCAGGUCUGGAGGCAGGAUCGCAAGUGCCCUAGCAGCCGCGCAGAGAGCGCUUACCCCACCCAAAUACAAUUUGGAUUAUCAUGCGCAAGAAAACUUUCCGACAUGGCGUGAAGGCGCGACACCACCCAGGAGUCAGAGUAUUUUUAGGGAUUCUUUGAUUCUAGUGCCCCCUCUCAACUUCAAUUCAAAAGAAGGCGUGGUCUUAUUUGUGGUUUGACAGACACAUCAGGUCAUGUUCAAAGUAGAUGGUUUUCUACCAUAGAUACAUACGUUAAAAACAAAUCGUUCAUCUCUUCCUUCUUCAUUCGACCCAACUACAGCCGGUACGCCCAUCUACGGCGGCACACCUAGGCAGGACGACUUGCCACCAGCGCCACCUAGACAAAGUGCUUUCCGGGAUUUAGCUGUUAGGAAAGGCCGACAAGAAAAAGAUGGCAGCGAAGCUUCGUCGCACGAAACACCAGUCUGUACACCUAGUGUCACGCCACACGGGACACCACGUUCAGAUAUGACAAAUAAGGUCUUUUCAGCGGCUAGGCAUGGAAAGCAUAAAGUAGUAGAGGAUUGCCUACUGCAGGAAGAAGGAUACUUCGAUCCUCUCAACACUGUGGAUCAUCAUGGUACCGAUAACCUUCAUUUGUAGCGGUCUGUUCCUUUGAACACUGUGGAUCAUCAUGGUACAACAUAAAUUAGCUCUUAUGAUAUCAAUGUGAGCGUCACUGUUGAAAAUAUUACUAUUUAGGAUCAUGGUAGAAGAUCAAAAUGAUAUCGACGUAGGAUUACCAGCAUCAGCAGAACGACCCCCGUUAUUUCCACGAACCAGGGAACACCUCAUCAUUCGAUAUUAUCGCUCGGCCCCCGUCAUCCAGGUAACACCCUGUUCCACAUCGCAUGUCAGAACGGAAACAAGAAGAUAGGGAAAUUAGCGAUAAAGUACGGUGGCGAUAUGAACAAGCAGAACAACAAAGGCAAUACAGGUCUGCACUUCCUGUAUCAAUUCGGGUAUUCAGAGAUUGCCGAAUACUUCAUAUCCAAAGGCGCGGACGGAAAUAUUGAGAACGACAAGGGGUAUCCGUGUUACAAGGGAUUUCGAGGAGACAUUGAGCCGAAUGGGUGAAUGAGAACGUCGCGGGCGUUGUUUUUUUAAAUAUCUUUAGUGCAUAGUCGACCAUUAUUUAGCUUAUAGCAACGUCUUAUUUUUUUUGGUUAAACACACAGACUGACAGACAACUUGUGAGUAGUUACAACAAUAUUGAGUUCUUGCGCUAAAAAAGAGAAAGACAAAGUAUUAAGACAACUUGUGAGUUCUCCAUGACUGACAAAGUAAAAGGACAAGAACGAUGACUGGCAAAAAGUUGUUUUUAUGAACAGAUUUCAUCCUAGAGUACUUACUUAGUUACGUAGACGCACAGAUGACACCUAGACAAUGACAAGAAUUCUUCUCCAAGGUUUUUCUUAUCUAAUCACAAAUAUAGUGACAAACACGCACCAAGAAUUUUCUUUGCUAAGACAACUCGCGCAGUCACCAAAGUGACUGACUUCUGAAGUUUUUUUACCUCCAGCAAAGAUGAGUCUACUUACGUGGACUCUGGUCACCAGCUGAUAAUAGUAG